UCUCAUCUCUACAAUUACAUACCUUUGCUACCAUCUCUCCUCUCUAUACUCUCCAACCAUGCUGACUUGCACAAAUGGAAUGCCAAGUGAUCAGCAAGUGCUACAGUUCCAGAUGAAGGCUAAAAUUAAUAGUUCAAAGGAUGAAAGCAUUCAAAGGCGGUCGGCUAAUUACAAGCCAAAUAUAUGGAAAUAUGAUUACAUAGAGUCUCUUACAAGUGAAUACACGGCAGACACAUAUAAACAUGCAGAGAAGCUGAAAGAGGAAGUUAGGUUCACAUUCGUUGAAACCGUGGAGCCAUUGGCUAAGUUAGAGCUUGUAGACAGCAUUGGGAAACUAGGUCUAGCCACCCUUUUUGAGGAGGAAAUCAAGGAUGCCCUAGACAUGAUAAUGUGUCUUAAGGACAACAAUCUCACCAUAGAAGAGGAUCUCUAUGCUACUGCACUACGCUUUAGGUUACUUAGGCAAUAUGGCUACAAUGUUUCACAAGACAUAUUUAUCAGAUUCGUGGAUGAGACGGGUAAUUUUAUGCAAAGCACAACCACAAAUGUCAAAGCAAUGCUCGAGCUAUUUGAAGCAUCAUACCUUGCCUUAGAAGGUGAAAAAAUAAUGGACAAGGCCAGAAUGUUUUCUACUGAAAAUAUUAAGACUGUCAUUUCAAACUCGGACGUUUCGCUAGCCAAACAAUUGAGCACUGCGUUGGAGCUUCCGUUGCACUGGAGAUUGGAGUGGUAUAAUGUCACGAGAAACAUCCAUGAAUAUGGAAAAGUGGGUAACAUCAACUCCAAUUUGCUCAAGGUGGCUAAGCUUCAUUUCAACAUGGUUCAAGCCACACACCAAAAAGAUCUCAAGGAAAUAAUAAGGUGGUGGAGGAAUCUUGGGAUGGCAAGAAAUUUAAGCUUUUCAAGGGACCGAAUAAUCGAAAGUUACUUAUUUGCUGUGGGAGUCAAUUUUGAGCCUCAGUACAAACAUUUCAGAAAUUGGCUAGCCAAAGUCUGCAAGUUCAUAAUAACAAUUGACGAUGUUUACGAUGUUUACGGUUCACUACAAGAAUUAGAGCUCUUCACAAAGGCAGUUGAUAGGUGGGAUUCUGAGGAAAUUCAACAACUACCUGAGUGCAUGAAGAUUUGCUUCCAGGCUCUAUAUGAUACCACCAAUGAAAUAGCUUUUGAAAUUCAGAGAGUUAAGGGUGGGAAAUCAGUGUUACCCCAUUUACGAAAAGCGGUAACUAUUGUCUCAUGAUGUAAAAUUAUUAUUUGUCUAGACCUCAUUUGUCAUUGAAUUAGAGUUCUUAUUAAAACCAAUGCUUCUUCUCA